AUGGGAGCAUUCGGUUUAGUCUGUUCGGCAAAGGACCAACUGACUGGCACUAAUGUAGCCAUUAAGAAGAUUAUGAAACCAUUCAGUACUCCCGUUCUAUCAAAGAGAACUUACCGAGAAUUAAAAUUGUUGAAACACUUGAAGCACGAAAAUAUCAUCAGUUUGAGUGACAUUUUUAUUUCUCCGUUAGAAGAUAUAUAUUUUGUCACCGAAUUGCUAGGAACCGACUUACAUCGGUUGUUGACAUCUCGCCCAUUAGAAAAGCAAUUUAUUCAAUAUUUUUUGUAUCAAAUUUUGAGAGGAUUGAAAUAUGUCCAUUCCGCCGGUGUGGUGCAUAGGGAUUUGAAACCUAGUAACAUUUUGGUUAAUGAGAACUGCGAUUUAAAGAUUUGUGAUUUCGGUCUAGCUCGUAUUCAAGAUCCUCAGAUGACCGGAUAUGUCUCAACAAGAUAUUAUAGGGCACCGGAAAUCAUGCUUACCUGGCAAAAGUAUGAUGUGGCAGUGGACAUUUGGAGCGCCGGUUGCAUCUUUGCUGAGAUGUUAGAGGGAAAACCUUUGUUCCCGGGCAAAGAUCAUGUUAAUCAAUUUUCAAUUAUCACCGAGUUACUUGGUACUCCACCUGACGAUGUGAUUGAAACCAUUUGCAGCGAAAAUACUCUUCGAUUUGUACAAUCAUUGCCAAAACGGGAGAAGAUUCCGUUCUCCAAAAAGUUCAUCAAUGCCGAACCUGAGGCAUUGGAUCUUCUUGAGAGAAUGCUUGUGUUCGAUCCAAGGAAACGAAUUAAUGCCGAGCAAGCUUUGGCUCAUGAAUAUUUGUCACCUUAUCAUGAUGAAUCCGAUGAACCAAUCGCGGACGAAGUCUUUGAUUGGUCUUUCAACGAUGCUGACCUUCCCAUCGAUGAGUGGAAGAUGAUGAUGUAUCAAGAGAUACUAGAUUUUCAUAAUGCUGAUAGAUACUUGGAAAAUCCCGAGGCCAACACGAGAUAUGUUUAG